AACAAAUCCAACUCUGCCCACAUGCAGUUGGCCAAGUUGUCGGUGAAAAUACACCCACUACUUAGAAAUAUUCUGCCGCAAUCUUCCUCGUAUCCCCUUCUACCUACCUACCUAGGUACUACGAUGGGACAAGAAUGGACUUGUGACUAUGAAAGUAACCGUGACCGAAAAUACAACCAUACCUCGACUUCUGUCACAACAAAGUGUCUAGUAUAAAUCUAUCACUUGACUUUUGACCCUUCUUUACCAGCCUGCUACGACUACUUUCGAUCUCUCCUCGCGACGGGUUCGCCGUUGUCCCCCGUACAGCAUGUCCUUCUCCUCGAUCCUAAGCUACUUUCUCGGGGGCUACUUCGCCCUCGUUAUCUCGCUAUUCAUGCUUUCAGCCGUCGUUCCCGUAGCAGGCUUUGCCGCCCGCACGUUAUCCGCCUACAUUUCGAUAGUAGUAUGCGCCACCUAUGGAGUACUUGCUUCAAUAUUCCUCCGAAUAGUCGGUCGCGAACAGAUUGCGCAGUGGACAACAGCACGUGCUUUCAAAUAUGUUAUGGCAAUUACGAUAGGCAUCACGUUCGAAGUUGACGAUCCGAAGCGACAUCUCGAUACCGUUCGACCAGCCGUGUUCAUUGGGAACCACCAGAGUGAACUAGAUGUCCUUAUGCUUGGGUGCAUAUUCCCAAAAUACUGCAGUGUAACUGCCAAGAAAGCAUUGAAAUAUGUGCCGUUCCUAGGAUGGUUCAUGGCAUUGAGCGGCACAGUCUUUAUUGAUAGGAAGAACUCGAAGGACGCAAGGCAGGCCAUGGCUGGUGCUGCUAGGGAAAUCCAGACUCGAAAACAGAGCGUAUACAUAUUCCCCGAGGGCACCCGUAGUUACGCAAAGGACCCCGGCCUUUUACCCUUCAAGAAAGGCGCUUUUCACCUUGCUGUCCAGGCUGGUGUACCUAUCAUCCCCAUAGUAGUGGCCAACUACUCGCACGUGCUCUACAUCAAGGGUCGUAUAUUUAGAUCUGGAAAGAUUCCCGUAAAAGUUCUCGACCCAAUUCCUACAACUGGAUUAAAACCCGAUGAUGUCGACGAGCUAACUCGUAGCACCCGAGAGCUCAUGUUAAAGGAGAUAGUAGCAUUGACUCAGAAGGCUCAAAACAGACCCAUCGCCGUACCUGCUACGAACGGCGAUGGUGUCGUGCAUGCUAGUGGAGCUGACGCUACGCUGUCAUGAGAGUGAACAACUCCCAUCAAAGCUCUACGGCACUGCAUGCAUGUUGUUUACAUGCGCGGUUCACUAGUAUAGCUUACUGCUCUCUGCUUCAUUUGCAUUGCUAUAGCUAUUACGAGAUGCCUGUCAUAGUUGGAGGCAUCACUCGGAAUACAAAGAGUGCAUACGCAUUGAUACCCCUAUAGAUUAGGUCAUAUAGGCGCAUGAUGGAUGCAUAACUAGAGACGAUGGUCUUUAGAAGACGCCAGGGGGCGCCGGCAGUGUUACCUGGAAAUACUCAUUAUAAGGUUUAUAUUUAUAAUCUUUACAUUUAGACUGAAUCGGAGCU